AUGGAGCCGGUUCCUCUGACAGCGUGGACAGGGCGGAACCCAUGCGAGCAUGUGAAUGGCAAACGGUAUUUCAUCGGAAAUUUGGCUUCCAGCGCCACAAAUUGUACAGUCAACCGCCCUAUGACCACGUAUGCGGACAACUUCCAGGUCUGUCAUGCCUGUGCCGUGGCGGGGUGUGACACCUGCAGCAAAGAGGAUGGCUGUCAGGAGUGCAUGUUUCCGCUUACGCGCCUCCUCCUGGGCCCGGACGAUGCAAUCGGCAGUCUGCUUGGCAGCCUCGGCAGCGAAGAUGAGAAGCAGUGCGUCUCUGUGUUCAUCUUCAUCUUCGCCGGCCUGCUCCUCUUCACGAUGGUCUUCGCUGUGCUGACGCUGCUGAGAUUUCUCUGCUUGAGCCUGGUCUCGGCCCGCAGCCCAGGCGCCCUCGAACAUUGUCUGCAACAUCGGAGACGGGCAAAGGUCCACAACUACUCCGUGCCGGGUAAUGUGUUUUACCCCUUGCUUGCCACCAACAUGCAGAGGGAGAACAUUUCGGGUCUUGCCCCGGCUCUCUACUUCCGACACCUGGCAUUCCAGGCGCUACUCAGUUUCUUCUUGACUGUGCUGUCACUGAUAGGCUACUUCUUGCCUAACCUGACCAAAGAAAGCGCAUCCUCACCUCGACUCAUACGACCAGAACAGCUUGGCCUCGCCCAGAAGCUCCAUGCUGUCAUGGUCUUUGUCUUUGUCUUCUUCGCUGUGAUCCGGUGGAUCUGGACACAAGGGCGUGCUGCUCGUGCCGAACACGAGGAGUGCAGCUGGUUCCGCGUGGUUUUCGCAGAGAGCAUGGUGGAUCCAGAUCCCGAGGAAAAGCAAGAGGAAGAGGUCGAGGCGGCAGAAGGCGCUGCCGCAGCCAAGAAGAAAAAGAGGAAUAAGAAGAAGAAGGACCCCGCAGCAGGGCAUGCAGCGCAGGAUGAAGAAGCUGUGCCGGCAAGUGCAGAAUCACCCAAUGCUGCGCAAGAAAGCGAUGAGGAGGACAAGGCGGAUGUAGCAGACGCCACGGGAGACAAGAAGAAGAAAAAGAAGAAGAAGAAGGCCGGAGGAGGUGGGGCAAAGGUUUUCAACAUCCCCGAGCAGGACAAUACCGCCCUCCGCCGGGUCCGAAACUGGGCUGCGGUGCCCACAUCGCGGCAAAGCCCAGCCUUCGACAUUCCCGUCAGCGAGCAGUAUCCUGACAGUCAGUUUCCUCUCGGGGAAUGUGUCGAGUACGUCGGAUCGAACGCCUUCCGGACGACAUCCGCUGAGAAGCGUGAGAUGGAGCGGCUCGCGUCCUACGACUACGAGAAGAUCCGCAAAGCCGGAGAGGUCCAUCGCCAGGUCAGGAAGUACGUGCAGAGCUUCGUGAAGCCAGGGCUGAAGAUGACGGAGAUCUGCCAGCGCCUGGAGAGAAAAACCCACGAGUUGGUGGUAGCGAACGGCCUGGAAGCAGGCUGGGGCUUCCCAACGGGUUGCUCACUCAACUGGGUGGCUGCCCACUACACUCCGAACUAUGGGGACGAAACCGUCUUGCAGUACGAUGACGUCUGCAAGUUGGACUUUGGUGUUCAAGUCGGUGGUCGUAUUGUCGACUGCGCCUUUACCAUGGCCUUCAAUGAGAGGUAUGACCCCAUCAUUGAGGCAAGUCAGGCAGGUACCAACACUGGAGUUAAGGAAGCGGGCAUCGAUGCGCGCUUCCAAGACAUCGGAGCCGCCAUCCAGGAGACGAUCGAGUCCUACGAGAUCGAGCUGAAUGGCAAGACCUGGCCCAUCAAGGCGGUCCGGAACCUUAAUGGCCACUCCAUUGAAGCGUAUCGGAUCCACGGCUGCAAGUCGGUACCCAUUGUCAAGAACCAAGAGUCUUCCUUCAUGGAGGAGGGAGAGUUCUACGCCAUUGAAACUUUUGCCUCCAAUGGCAAAGGCUAUGUAGUGGAGGAUCUCGAGUGCUCCCACUUCAUGAAGAUCUUCGAUGCGCAACAUGUGCCCUUGCGUGUGAAGAGCUCAAAGGCCCUGCUGCAUACGAUCGAGCAGAAUUUUGGGACCUUAGGUUUCUGCCGACGAUGGUUGGAUGACCUGGGCCAGACCCGUCACUUGAUGGCCUUGAAGAAUCUCGUGGACAACGACAUUGUCCAGCCAUAUCCGCCCCUAUGCGAUGCCAAGGGCUCCUACGUCACGCAGAUGGAGCACACCAUUCUGCUGCGGCCGACGUGCAAGGAGAUCGUGUCUCGAGGUGACGAUUUCUGA